GCUCCGGACCCCGGCAGCUCUGGCUCCGGCUCCGGAGGCAGCCAGCACAGAGGCUCGCGGACGCCGUGUUUCGAGGCACACCCCGGUAUGCCCCCGUCUCUCGACUUCAAUGAGUUCGCGCCACCGCCGCCGCAGUUCCCGCCACCGGACCUGACGAGUGGCGCGCGCGCCGCGCACUUCGCCCACCACCCUCAGUCCGGCUCGGCCGCCUCUGUGCGCGGGCUGGGCUCUCCGCGAUCGCAGCGCCGCCACGCGGCCAGCUCGGGAACUGGUAGUUCGCGCUCGGCCCGCUCGGCGUGCGGCCGUCAGCCGCUUUACAACGUAAGCGGCGAGCCGCGAGGAGAGAUGCGAGCGGAACCCAGCUGCGGUGAGGACGAUUACGAAUACGAGGCGGCACCGCUGAUGAGUCGCGGCGGUCGGGAGCGGCGCGGGCGACCUUCCCGCGGCGGCGAGCCGCGGCUGCAGCUUCAGGAGCGUCCCGGCGCUCCUCACCUACAGCUGUACGGCGCUCCUGAGGAGUCAGAGCUCUCCGAGCGUGCCAGUCCCGAGUCGUCGGUGAACGGCGAGGCGGGCGGCAGCUGGGAGCCCACCUCCUGUGACGAAGAGAGCGAGCUCAGUGACACAGACGUCGGCUACAACGAGGCGGUGCUGCGCGCGGCUCAGCAGGCCGGGAUCACGGUGUCGGGCAGCCGGUCGGGGCGGCGGCGGCACUCUCCGCACCAACACUACUCGACAGACAGCACGUACCAGGGCCGGCCGGCGCGGCACCACCGGAAGCGGGCCCACCCGGCGGCCAGCAGCCUCGACAGGGCGCACCCGCCAGGACCUGCGCCGGAGAGCUUCGCUCAGCGUGAUUACCGCCUGGGGGAGGGACGCGGGGUAGACGAGAGUGGUCCCUUGCUGGUCAACGGCGCCACGUGAGCAGCUGAUUGUGCUCACGGACCGGCAAUGAACACGACGAACUGAACAGACUCAUCGUCGAGUCCGAUAUCCGGCUCCCGAGUCAGGCCGGCUGAUGGCUCAGAGUGAGAUGAGCUAGAACCCUCGGCGAGGGAGAGUCAGUGUGCUAGUGAAGACUCGUGACGAGACAUGCUUGUGCCACGAUGCGCGUUUGUAAGCAGUGCGGUGCGCUAGUUGAUAUUGUGAUCCGUAUAUUACGUUGUGCGCGCUUUGAGAUUGUGUCCAUUCAUGUGAUUUUGUUAAGCCUGCUUUUUACUUUUAUAGAAGCGUUUUUUCAUAGUUUCACAUCGCUGCGUCCUUUCUCCCAGUCUGUUUUGUUCAGACAGUAUGCUUAGUCUCAUAGGUUUUCUACGCUUGUUACCGACAAUACCAUAACCGUUUUUCAGGCUUCUGUGAUCUUUUGAUCAUCAUUGAUCACCGGCCCCGUAUGACCACUUUUGUCGCCCCCUGGCCUGCCGUUGUUCCAUUUGAACACCACUGUUGCAAACUGACUUUUCUGCGUGAACCCAUUUAGCGAGCUGUCCGAGGUCCUCUCUGUGUGCGUGUUGGUCUUCUGUAGUGCUGAUAACAGUUGGCAUUGUUACCUAUUGUCAGGUGCACCCGACAGUAGCGCUCGGGCCCGAGCCGAGAGGCGGCGUGUGUUUUGUGCGUGCACAACCGGCGUAGGAGGGCGCACGGGGCGCUCGCUGCGCCGACCGACCCUGCCGCUACCCUCGGCGGCGGUGGGGAGAGAGUAGAGACCGCUACCAUCCUGGUAGAGACCGCUACCAUCCUGGUGACGCACGUACAGGCUGUGAUAAUUUAUACACACGCGUCUCGGUGUGUGAGGCGGAGAGCGCCGGCGCGCAAUAAUUCCCCUUGUGAUUGUGCGAGGACCGGACAGCGGCGGCGCGCGGCGGUGGCGGCGGCCCGAUCUACUAGUCACGAGCUCAGACUCCCUCUCGGCUCCGUCAGAUGCUGCUACUACCGCCGUGCUGCCGCCUCGCUCCCGUCCCCCUCUAUCUCCAAGUGAGCGCGCUUUGUCAGAAUAUACGAUCCAGAUUCGU